AGUUCCGUUCUGACUUGAUCCCGUUCAUUCUUAGUAGGCUGCACCAUUUAUUGUCAGUCAGUCGAACGCGCCUUUUCAUUGGUCCUUAUAGGUAUUUACCUAAUGUUUGUCCCGUGAUUGGCUGAAUCGAUGCGGUUGACGUGAGAGUUUGUUCUGUGGAGAUUAGAGUCCGGCCUGUUAGCCGGAGAGACGACCCCUGAGUCCUGUUACCCGGAGCGGAGCAGCUUCGCCAUGGCCUUCAUCGCUGGGCAGCCAGUCACUGCCGUUGUGCAACGUAUUGAAAUCCGUAAACUGCGCCAUGGUGAUAAUCUAAUCCUGGGAUUCAGUAUCGGAGGUGGAAUCGACCAGGACCCAACACAAAACCCCUAUUCGGAGGACAAAACAGACAAGGGUAUAUAUGUAACCAGAGUCUCAGAAGGAGGACCAGCUGAAGUUGCAGGACUCCAGAUUGGAGACAAGAUAAUGCAGGUGAAUGGUUGGGACAUGACGAUGGUAACACACGACCAGGCCAGGAAACGUCUGACUAAGAAGAACGAAGAUGUCGUUCGGCUUCUGGUAACCCGUAAAUCUCUGCAGCAGGCGAUCCGCCAGUCACUGCAGUAAUUGAGCCCUCACUGAAGCUGGUGGCCUACUUCAAUUUCACAGUUUAAAGAGAGAUUAUCCUGAUACAAACCAUGGCCAACCAGUAUUCAUCACUAAUAGACCAGCAAAGGCUCUUGCUAUUUAGGUGUAUAGGUAACAAAAGUACCUGCACACAGAUCUCACCGAGAAUCACGUGAAACUCCCUUCGGUGGAAUGUGCGAACUCUUUAGAGAAGCUGCACCAAUACUGAUUUGACAACAUUAUCUUCAGGACCAGACACCAAAGUGAGAGGACUCUGGCACAUUUAAUACUGGAGACUCGAGCCUGUUGGCGGACAAACAUUUACCUUGUUCCUUUGACGUUCCUCUGGCUGCUGUUUGAAUGCAAACUUUGGCCCAUUUUAAAUGGUUUUAAAUCACCUCCAAAAUGCAUAAGUUCUGUAAAAAGCAUUGUUGCUAUUCCCAAGCAUCUUUGAUAUGGUUUGACUGAUUAGAUCUUCAUGGCAAGUAUGCAUCAGAACUGGAUGUUUGUCUCCCUGUUGUACUGGCACUGAGCAACUCCAUGGCUUGUUGGUGUUUAAAGUGAGAAUUCAAUGUAGUUGACACUGUGCCAAAAUGAGAAAAGAUGCAGUAUGAUUUUAUCUGUCGCAUGUACAAUGAAUGAUGCUGUGCAAUAUGACGACUGCCCUGGGGAUCACUGACCAUGAGUAAGAGGAUGUUUUGGUGGAAGGAGUGACUAAUCUAAAAACCAAUUGCAUCAAAGCAAUCUACAUCCAUAUGCCUCUAAAUUCUGAACCUCUGCUGGUGUCUGGAAGUUUGAGAUCUGGCUGAAGUCACUUUCCAUAAUGUACUUUUUAUAGUCUUUUGCUGAAUCUUUUAUUUUAAACACAGCCCUGUGCCUUCACACACAAUCCUCACUGUACUAACUUUGGGAUGCAAAGUAUAAUCAUGAGUGCUAUGCACUCCUCUCAAAAGGUGUGGGAAACAAGUUAUUAUUCUGUCACAUUGCCCUCUACAGAGUGCCCUAUACUUAGAGACGUAGAAACUAGGAGCAGGAGUAGGCCAUUCGGCCCUUCAAGCCUGCUCUGCCAUUCAUGAUCAUGGCUGAUCAUCCAACACAAUAGCCUGCUCCCACUUUCUCCCCAUACCCUUUGAUCCCUUUCGUCCCAAGAGGUAUAUCUAACUCCUUGAAAACAUAUAAUGUUUUGGUCUCAACUACUUUCUGUGGUAACGAAUUCUACAGGCUCACUACUCUCUGGGUGAAGAAAUUUCUCCUCAUCUCAGUCCUAAAUGGUCUACCCUGUAUCCUCAGACUGUGACCCAUGGUUCUGGACUCUCCCACCAUCGGGAACAUCCUUCCUGCAUCUACCCUGUCUAGUCGUGUUAGCAUUUCAUAGUUUUCUAUGAGACCCACCUUCGUUCUUCUGAACUCCAGAGAAUAUCAUCCUAAUCGACUCAAUCUCUCCUCAUAUGUCAGUCCUGCCAUCCCAGGAAUCAGUCAGGUAAACCUUCGCUGCACUCCCUCUAUAACAAGUACAUCCUUCCUCAGAUAAGGAGACCAAAACUGCGCAUAAUAUUCCAGGUAUGGUCUCACCAAGGCCUUGUACAAUUGCAGCAAGACAUCCCUGUUCCUGUACUCGAAUCCACUGGCUGUGAAGGCCAACAUACCAUUUGCCUUCUUUACCACCUGCUGCACCUGCAUGCUUACCUUCAGCGACUGGUGUACAAAGACACCCAGGUCUUGUUGCACAUUCCCCUCUCUCAAUUUAUAGCCAUUCAGAUAAUAACCUGCCUUCCUGUUUUUGCUACCAAAGUGCCGAGUUAUUUUAAUUUUUGUACUGUAGUCACAGAUACACAACCGAGUAACUAUUCAGGGCCCCGUAAAGUGCCUUCGUUCCCAGCUCUUCCAAUCAAAAAAAGACCAAAAUGUAUGAAAGGAAGGGAAGUUUCACUGCAGUGUCUGUGCGCAAGCCUGCAUUGGACUUCCUUUCUUUAUCUGCAGUUGUUGGGACCUUUCACAUGUACAGAGAUAAAACUAACAUUUUGUGCAUUGGGUAAGUGUCGGAGGUAUGCGUGUUUAGUUGCCUGAUUACCUGAUAGUGUUCUUGCCUGGCUGUUUCGUGUAGCUGGAGCACUAACAAUGUAUGGACAGGAGGUAUCUGCAGGGUGUUCAGUGAGAAGCUGAGAGUUCCUGAAUUCUAACCAGUCUAGCAUCUACCAGUUCUUAUUGUGCCUCAUCAAACCAUUUAUUGCAGUACUGAUGGGUAUUGUACAACUAAUGCAAACUUAUUCAACAGUGACUGUAUCCAGAUUGCAUGUGGAUACUGCAUGCUUAGCCUAGGCUUAUUGUAUAAUUUACUGGGGACAUAGCACCUCCUGAUUUUUUUUCUAGACAAUGACUUCAAAUCACAAGCCUUUCUACAUAGAGAUUGUUUAUAAACCCUGUGGAUCAUGCAAUGCUCUCAUAUUUUAAUGUAAAAGACUCUAAUGAUUGGAUUGAAACUGUUAAUGAGAAUCUGAAAAGUAAGAAAUUGGAUUACUCAUUGUACAAAAAUCUUUCACCAUUGCACUGCUUUCAAUAAAAACACUUCAGUCACUAAA